GUGUUCUGGAUCCAGUGUUCCUUUAAAGACUGUUUCCUCUCUCUGUGUUUUCUGCAGGAUCCAUCUGUGACACAAGUAACGCGGACUGCCCCACCUGGCCUGGAGGAGUAUAACCCUUUCACAGACACAAAGCCGGUCCCACCAGGCUCUGCCCCUAAAUCAGUCCCGCCCACAACCAACACACAGCCGGCCAUCAUGAAACCCACCGAAGAACCGCCAGCUUACACUCAACCUCAGCAGACACAGGAUCAGGUGCGAGCCCAGGCGGAGUUAUUGAGGAGACAGGAGGAGCUGGAGAGAAAAGCCGCUGAGCUGGACCGCAGGGAGAGGGAGAUGCAGUCUCUCAGCGCAUCAGGAGGGAGGAAAAACAACUGGCCGCCUCUUCCAGAGAAGUUUCCGGUGGGUCCGUGUUUCUAUCAUGACAUAUCAGUGGACAUCCCUGUGGAGUACCAGAAAACCAUCAAGAUCAUGUACUAUCUGUGGAUGUUCCACACGGGGACGCUGUUUGCCAAUAUAUUUGGCUGUUUGUCGUGGUUCUGUGUAGAUGCGUCGAGGGGAGUGGAUUUUGGUCUGGCCAUGCUCUGGUUCAUGCUCUUCACACCCUGUUCAUUUGUCUGCUGGUACAGACCUCUGUAUGGAGCAUUCAGGAGUGACAGCUCUUUUAGGUUCUUUGUAUUCUUCUUCAUCUAUAUCUGCCAGUUUGGUGUCCAUGUGCUGCAAGCCAUUGGCAUUACAGGUUGGGGAGCCAGUGGCUGGAUCUCAGCGCUGACCGGGCUGAACACAAGUAUUCCUGUCGGCAUCAUCAUGAUCCUGAUUGCUGCCCUCUUCACCGCGUCGGCUGUCAUCUCUCUCAUCAUGUUUAAAAAGGUGCUUCACCUUAAACAAUUCCUCUGCUGCCCGGGGAGCCUUCAAAGAGCAGAUCUGAUUGGUCCAGAGAACUCCGACUCCGCCCAUGCUACUUUGACCCCGCCCUCCGCAUUCCUCCGAACUGUCUUUACAGCCAAUCAUCAGCUCUGA